CCUUUCCUUUUUCUUUUUUUAUAUAACAUAAAACACAUAAUAUAAAGAGAUCCAUAAUCCAUUUCCAUCUUCACCCAUCUUCGUGUGUGUGUCUGUGUGUGUUUUCUCAAAAAGAAGGCAUAUGGAUAAAGACGAAGGUUGCUGUUACUUCCAUCCCGAUGAAGUUUUCGUGGGAGUUUGUCCUUUAUGCUUAUACGAGAGGCUUAUUGUAGUAGCCACAAAACGAUGCCGUCGGCUGCAUCUUUACAGAAGUAGCAGCUGCAAGUCCUCAAAGCCUCGCAUUAUGUUUGCCAUCGAUUCUUUGAUUCAUCGGAAAACCAAGAAACAACUUCACAAUCACGACGCAUCUCCCACUCACGAUGCUAACCAUGAAUCAUGAUAUUGAAUAUGGAUUAAUAAAUGGACAUACGUCAAAGAACAUAUAUCGACUAUGAUUUGGUGAGUUGUUUUUUUGUAAAGAACUCAAUAAUUUAUUUAUUUCAUAUAUUAUAUUAUUUUUAUGGGGAGAGGGGGUUAUGAUGAGUUUAGCAAGAUCCAAGUUUCGUAUCUUGUAAAUCUCGUAAUCCCAAGCGAUGAUUACUAGACAAUAUUGGCUUUUGACUCUUGGAUUUUGUAGAAAGGAAAUGAUGACUAAUUUGGAUAAAAGAUUUUAUAAUAUAUACGGUUUUAUUUUAUGUGUUGUUAUGUUAAAAUCGGCAUAAUGUAUUGUUUGUUUUCAUAAUUUGAUGCUAAGAUCAUGUUGAUAUAAAUUUUAUUUUAUAAAAAAUAAUUUAAAGGCUCUAUAUAUGGUUUCCGUAUGGAAAAGUGAAGAAAGUAACCAUACAAAGUAUAGUAGGUGGGUGAUGUGGGGUUUGUAUUAUUUAAUUUGACAUUAUAUGCUUGUUCUAUUUUCUUUUUCUAUAAAAGAUAAAAUAGAAAGGAAACCAAUAAAAAUUAAAGAAAAAUGAAUGGAAGAAAAAUGGAAAAUGCCAUCCAAAAGGAGCUUUUUAAGAGUUUAAUGAGUCAAAUAAGCUUUUAAAAUUUUUAAAAAAAAGCUAUUGUAUAGCUUUUAUAUACAAUCAAUACAACGGAUCAUAGAUGUGACAUCCAGAUUUAAACCAAGACAUUAAUCUAUGAAAAUUUAGGCGUUUAUUGUUAAGAUAAGGAUUCAUUGAGAAAAAAAAAGGAGAAAGCACAUGGAGUAUGAGGGAGAUAGGAGUUAUGGGUGAAAAGGGAUUAAUGGGGUUGGCUGGUGGGUGCAAGUGAGGGUGGGGCUACUCUAGAGAUCUAUGUUUGGAGCUUUUGGCUUAAGGUAGUAUGGGGUUUUUAUAUCUUGUCCACAAUUUAUGUUUAUUAAUAAAAAAUAACUUCCAAUUUCAUAUAGUUUAAGUUGGGGGUGGUAAAUUGGUAAUUAUAAUUACUUAGUAUUAAAUGGGUUGAGUUUUAUUGUAUUCUAUUUCUAGUAAGUAUAGCUUUCUUAUUGCAUAUAAUCAUAUAAUCGUUUAAACUGUCUUUACAUAUACGUUGUUGGUUAUUUGCAGAUUCGUUUAUAU